CAACAGUAACCGCGGUUCGAGCAAGACGUUUUGGCUAGCUUUUCCUUCCCCGGCAGGAGGAAUUCGAAAACGAAACGACAACGAAACGGGUUGUGGUCCCGCAAGGAGAAAACGGUAGCACUUGUACCUCUGCCCCAGAAGCACAAUUCGAGCGAAACAGUGCAGUCCAACAGCAGCACAACGCGCAAGGAGCGAAAGGGGUUUAACGGACUUGCUUUGCUUGCCCCUCCUCGUCCUUCCCCCCGAAUCCCAACCCCUCGACCACCGUACGCGAGACGUUCGGGCCGAGAUGCCCUGAGGUCGUCCUUCCAGAGCUCUCGCAAGCAACAGAGUGUGGUGACAUCGACAAGUGUGGUGUGUUGACACAGUGUGGUGAGUGGCGCAAGAAACCGGAUGUGGAGCUCGGGCGCAAAACAAGUGAGAGUAGUGGUCACCAAAUUGGAUUAAGGCUCGCACGCGCACGUCGCCGAAGACCAAAGAAGAAGAAAUCGUGGCGUAGCAAAAAGGGAGAAAAAUCUGUUUGAUCCAUUGGAAAGUAGUGACAAAGUCGGUGCCGAGUGGAUUUAGCGUGCGUGCACGUCCGUCCGCUUGUCGAUUUGUUGGGUGUCUUUUUCUGUGGAAGAAAGCGAGAAAGCGAUUCGCUGAAACAGUACCAGUGUGGCUCGGUGGCGCAGAUUCGCACCUUGUUUGGAUAAUUACUCGGAAAUUUUGGCGCAGAAAAUGUGAAACUGGUGACAGUGGGAAAAAAAUAUUAUUCGGAAGUUUGGAAAACAAAAGUGAGCUAAACAGCAAUAUCUGUAAUAGAUCAAUCGUUCCUGAGUGGAUUUAAAGCGUUGGGCUGGACAGAGGACGGAUUUUGUGGGAUCGCUUCUCGGUGAAAGGUGAAAACCGCAGGACUGUUGGAAGGCUGAACUGUUAUCGAAAGUGGAUUAUCGUCGCAGGGAUGACACGUCGUAAGCACCUCUACCAGCUGUUGCUGGUGCUGUUGGCAGUGACGGCGAGAGCGCAGGAUGUUUCAGAAGAAGAACCGACAGAAUCGCCCCCCGUGGCAUCGCCAGUCGUUGCAGCUGGAAAUGCCGGCCCUGGCGCCAGCUGCAGCUUCCCCGGGGCACCCGCUCACAGCACGGUUCAGUUCACCGAUGACAGCCUGGCGAACGGGGCCGUCGCGUCCUACUCCUGCGAGCGGGGCUUCGAACUGCUCGGACCGUCCCGGCGGGUCUGCGACAAUGGCCAGUGGAUCCCCGAGGGUAUUCCCUUCUGCGUGCUGAACGUGGCCGCCGGGAAGGCCCCGAUGCAGAUCUCCACCGAUGCGGCCGGGAUCCCGCAGAAGGCCAUCGACGGUUCGACGUCGGCGUUCUUCUCGCCCGAAACGUGCUCCCUAACGAAACCGGAACGGGUACCGUGGUGGUACGUGAACCUGCUGGAACCGUACAUGGUGCAACUGGUCCGGCUGGACUUUGGCAAGUCGUGCUGCGGCAAUGGAAAACCGGCGACGAUCGUGGUUCGGGUGGGCAACAACCGUCCGGACUUGGGUACGAAUCCGAUUUGCAAUCGGUUUACCGGAAGCCUCGAGGAAGGACAGCCCCUAUUCCUGCCGUGCAACCCGCCGAUGCCGGGAGCGUUCGUGUCGGUCCACCUGGAGACGAGCGGCCCCAGCCAGCUGUCGAUUUGCGAAGCGUUCGUCUACACGGACCAGGCGUUGCCCAUCGAGCGGUGUCCCGCUUUCCGCGAUAUGCCCCCCGGUGCGUCGGCUUCCUAUAAUGGAAAGUGUUAUAUCUUCUACAGUCGGCAACCGGCGACGUUGAGGGAUGCGCUGGCGUUCUGCAGAUCCCGCGGAGGUACCCUGAUCAAUGAGAGCAACCCGGCCCUGCAGGGAUUCAUUAGCUGGGAGCUGUGGCGUCGACACAGGAGCGAUACCUCGUCGCAGUACUGGAUGGGAGCCGUGAGGGAUACUCAGGACCGGAACAGUUGGAAGUGGAUCGGUGGGGAUGACGUGUCGGUGUCGUUCUGGAAUCUGCCCGGAGGGGACGAGGAUUGCGCCCGUUAUGACGGGUCCAAGGGAUGGCUGUGGAGCGAUACCAACUGCAAUACGCAGCUGAACUUCAUCUGUCAACAUCAACCUAAGGCUUGCGGUCGUCCAGAACAGCCACCAAACUCGACCAUGGUAGCUCCGAAGGGCUUCGACGUGGGUGCAUUCGUUGAAUACAGCUGUGACGAAGGGCAUCUAUUGGUAGGACCGUCGCAAAGAACUUGCUUGGAAACUGGAUUCUACAACGAGUUCCCUCCCGUCUGCAAAUAUAUCGAAUGUGGUCUGCCGGCUGCGAUCCCGCAUGGACACUACGAUCUUGUGAACGGUUCCGUGGGAUAUCUCAGCUCAGUUCACUAUAAGUGUAACGAAGGCUACGAAAUGGUGGGACGCGCCUUGUUGACUUGUGACAUUGAUGAGCGCUGGAACGGACCGCCACCACGUUGCGAAGUGAUUGAUUGCGAACCACUGCCAACAUUGUUCCCGAACGGAAUUGUAGUGGCACCGAAUGGUACAAUCUUUGGAUCCCGCGCGGAGGUUAUCUGCAACCGUGGAUACAUUCCAGAAUCGGAGGACACCAGCAUUACUUGCACGGCUACCGGCCAGUGGAGUACUUUGCUGCCGAAGUGCAUAGAAGAUCCGGCAAGCAAAACAACGACCCCAGCUCCAACCACAACUCGUCCACCGAUUGUAAUUGUAUCGACCACGACAGUUCCGAUUACACAAUUUACUCAAAAGCGGCCUCAAACGAGAAGGCCAACCAGGCCUGCCAGCCGGUACACGACAACUACUUCUACGACUCUAUCACCGCUGUUCAGCAUCGAGAUCGACGAUGGUAACGACAGUGACGGAUUAGAUGGAUUCUACGUCGGUACUAACGAGGAUUACUCUCUCCCACCUCUAGAAGUCCAUCCGGGCCUAGUGCACGAAGAAGGACCCUCCCGCAAACCGUACCGUCCCGGCCAGAGCGUAAUACCAAAGAUUCCAACCGUACCGCAUGUACCGCCACCGAAACGGCCGUCUUACUUCGAACCACCAACCACAACUACCACCACUACAACUACAACCACUACCACUACACAAACACCACUACAAACACGACCCACUACGACCAGCACACGGCAAACGACCACUUCGCGUACCCCGCAGGACAUUAUCCUGUCGCAGCACCCGCAAGACAACGAAAUCGCAGGCUCCGUCAACAUCCGGCAAGAUCAAUCGCCGAAGGUCAACGUACCAUUCGCAGUCGACAACUCGGACGGCGAAAGUGCCGGCGGAGUCUACGGCGGCAUCGGAGGCAACUCGAACCUUGGUUCCGGUUCCGGCGAUCGGAAGGAAGCCAAGAAUGCCCGCCUCAACCUGGGAGCCAUCGUGGCGCUCGGCGCCUUCGGUGGUUUCGUAUUCCUAGCAGCCGUCAUUACCACCAUUGUGAUCGUAGUGCGAAGAAACCGCCAGGCGAACCAGCACUACCGGCACCGGGCCUCGCCGGACUGCAACACCGUAGCGUCCUUUUCCAGCUCCAGUUCCGAGUCGCGCAACGGCCUGAACCGGUACUACCGGCAGGCGUGGGAAAACCUGCACGAGUCCGCCUCCAAGGGCCACAACAGCAACCACAGCAGCGGCCUCAAGCGGAAGGAAACGAUGGAUGCGCCCCCGCCGAGUCGGUCCCGGUCGCGGGAAAACCUGGGGGGCAGCCGGUCGCGAGAUUUGGACAGAUUUUUUAUCGACAGAUCCCGGGAGAACCUGUCGUCCAACCGGAGCCGGGACUACCCCCGGGACAGCAUGGCCGUGCGGGACGGCUCCGAGAUGGUGGUUUCCGACGUGUGCGUCAAGGGUGAGAAGAAACGGCACCACCAUCACCACCACAAGGCCAACCACCGGGGCGGCGACGGCCAGGAACGAGGCCGCAGUAACCACCGGGACAGCCGGGAAGGGGACUUCCGGGAGCCGAACAUCAUGGGUAGCGGCGGUGGAAAUGGGCGCCGCGGCGGCGACCACCGUCACUAUUGACCCCGUCGAAUGGUAAUCACUAUCAGAAUAGAGGGACAGCACAAGGACGACGAUGACGAGGGUCGCCGGGUUCUGAUGAGCCCGCUGUGGGAGUGACACCCGAGUAAAGAAAAAACGGGGUUGAAUUACUUUCAAUAUUUCUCACGAACUGACCUUAGCCCUAUUAUUUUUCUUUUCAAAUCUUCUUCUAUCUACAUUUCCUUCUCAGUGUAUGUAUUUAUUUAUUAUCGAAUAGUUUCACUAGUUUUAGGACGUUGCUCACAUUUUCCAGAAACAGGAAAUCAUUCCAAAACAGUUUGUAACCAGACGCACUUUAGCUGUUAGGUCGAUCAAUAGUCAAGGCACGAACCUUCCCAGUUAAUAUUUCGUUCGACACGUGCACCAACUCUUAGCAAUUGCACUGAAAGGAAUUUUCCUCUCAGUUUGUUUGUGAUCUACCAAUCGUUUACUACGGCUCUUCCAAUCGUAGCGUCAUAACAAGCCAACAAACACAUGCCAAACAUUGGAAAAUUUCUUUCAGAUAAUCUAAAUUUCCAAACGGGUGUUCGAUCUUGACCGCGUCUAAACACAACACUUACACACACAAGCACAAGUAUGUUGGACCAUAAGUCCAACGCUCCGGAUUACGUUUAGUCACGGUCGACAUUGUUUCCCGUUGCACCCUAUUUCCAAACCUUUGAACAAAAAAAAACUAUUUCGUAAUUCGUUAAUUUAUUUAAAAAAUAUUCCUUAUUUGUAUUUUGUGUUUCGACCCUUUCCCCAAGUCCAUUUGUUAUCACUUUUUGUUUUGUUAACGUUAACCUUUGAAGGUAACUAAAGUGAAAAAUAAAACAGUAUCGUAGGAAAACAUGUAAGGCUUCGCUUCUCUUUCAAAGAGUUUGUAAAAAUGAAGACCUUUCUGUAGAAUGAAAAAAAAAUGACAAAAAAACACACAACACACAAAAACAUGUAGGAAAAUUAAGAGAAAGACAAAGAUUAGGAGAAACAAAACAAAUGCGAAACCGUAGUUGCAAUAUCGAGUUCUAGUGGACAAUUAGGAAAACAAACAAUCUAACAAUUGUUGAUUUUUUAUUAGGAAAUUGAAUUAGGGAAAAUAAGCAAACAAUCACCUUACCGUAGAACCAUUGAUAUGAUUUUUUUUAUUUAGAAAUAGAGUGCCAUUAGAAAGGCAAAUAAAACAAUUUAUAAAUCGCACACCUGAAGGUUUUCUCGGUCUUGGACGUGUCAGCUAAAACUUAAAAAGUGAAUAGAUUGCAUUUCAGUAUUUUUUCCUCGUUUGCUAACACCCACACAUCAUCGUUUAUAAGGCCAAUAUUUAGAAGAAGAACAAAAAACACAACGCGCGCUCGAAUGUAAGAAUGAGAAUUUCAAUCAUUGUUUUCCCAGUAGAAAGUUGCACCCUAAUCAGUACCAUGUAAAUCGAUUUAGACGUAAACUAACACAACACGCAUAGGCAGAUUAAUCGGACAGGAACAAACGAAAAAACAGAAAAUCUUAAUGUAGUUACAAUGACCCUUUGAACGAAAACAAACUACAGACGAGUUAUACAAUCCAUAGAAAAGUUACUAAAGAAGUUAUGGAGGAGAAAUGUUCCGUCGUAUCGGAUUAACAAUCAGCGGCAGAAUGAUGGAAAAAGCGCUAGCGUGUUUUUUCAAGUGUAAUAGGAAAGAAGGAUGUUCUUCGCAGUUGCAGAGGAGGUUGAACUAUCCGAAUUGUUGUAAAUAGUAAUCGUAUUUAAUAAAAAGUAAAAAUAAACUUAAAAA